UGUUGUUGUUGUUGUUGUUUUCUCCCAGUCCAGCUUGAUACAUUGAACACUAAUCUAGCUCGAAAUAAUCAAACCUGGCAACGCAGCGUAAGGUGGGGUUUAAGAACGAAACAAUAAACAUUUUACUUUUUUUAAAUUGAAUCUCAUUUGAUAUACUGUACUAAAGAUGAUCAGUAAACCGAGCAAAAAUACAUAUAUAUGGCAAAUAUUUAUAAAGUAAUAUUUGACUGUAACAACUCUGAAUGUGUAUGUAAAUUACUAUCAUUUGUACAAAUCAAAACAAGCAUUCAAUGCACUUUUUUUUAACCCGUGACCUCUGCACCGUGAGGUGGACGUGCUAACCAGUCGACCACCGUGUCGCCCUCACUCAAUAUAAUAAAUACAAAAUGUAUACGUAAAAUUGUUUAUUUCAUUCGAUCAAUUAUUCUGUGUAUUUGAUUGUGUAGAUAAACGAUUAGAAAAUACAAUUUUCUAUGUGGGACUCUUUGAGAGCAGGUGCGAUUUGAGAAGUAUGCUCGGCGCUUCCUUGUUCGCUCAUGUGUGCACUUGGAGGAUCGUAUGGAAGAACCCUCCCAAAUGUUCUCUUCAAAGUUGCACUAAAACAAUGUGCCCUUUCAUGUCUCCACCGGGCUUCCACAGCUCAAGUGACAUUCAUUUCAGCCUCCUUUCUCUUUGUCAAAAUACUCGGGACGUCACGAAAAGCGAUUUGAAUCGGAAAAUCGUUUUUCAUCUCUUUUCAACAGAGUAAAAUAACGGUACUGUAUCGCACGCCCGUCUCCAAGUUCGAUCCAUCCUUUUUUUCCCCGUUGUGCAGCUGCUGCAUUUAUUUGGCUUUACCUGUCCGUCGAGGUGCAUCAACGGCAGCGCUGCUCAUACUGUUGAUCGCCCACCACUACCUGUGCUCUUCACAGAGCCGCAUUGUCCGCACAUUUUUUUUUCUCUUAAUUAAAGACUGCCAGUCUGCUCUUAGUGACCUGAAGCACCCCCACCCCCCACCCCCGCUCCACAUGAAGGGGAAACACUAUCCCUGCUAUCCUAUCCACUGAUGGAAAUAGGAUUAGACACCGGGAAUAAUGCGCCCUAAGAUUUUCGCUUGAGCGACUUUUUUUUUUUCCCCCUCCUAGCCUUGCGGUGAAAUCUUGAUGCUUUGCAUCCUGAGUGGUCUGACCAGAGCGGACAUGGAGCUUUUCGGGGCAACGUCAACUUGGAUGUUCGUGCUGCACUUGCUUUCUGUCAACGGUGUCGUCAAUCCAAAGACAACAGUGUCCUGGUGCGUCACAUCGGACUCGGAGGAGCAGAAAUGCGCCGACCUGUCCGGGAACGCCACCGCUCGGAAUAUCCGAGGGACUUUGCAAUGCGUGCGAGGCCUCAACGCCAGAGACUGCAUGGAGAAAAUACAAAAUGGGAGCGCUGACGCGGCCUCCAUGUUUGCGGAUGACAUCUACGCUGCGGGCCUGUGUCACGGCCUGGAGGUGGCAGCCGGGGAGUCCCUCAAUGGAGUGGAUGGCGUGAACUACUACGUGGUGGCGUUGGCUCGCCGCUCGUCGUCCGACUUGUCCCUGCUGGAGAUGCACGAACGCAGCUCGUGCCACCCGGGCAUCCGCACCACGGUGGGUUGGACCGUGCCCGUCGGCUACCUGCUCAACACCUCGCAGAUCAGCCCGGGACACCAGUGCAACUUCCCCCGCGCGGUGGGGAACUUGUUCGGCUACAGCUGUGUGCCCGGCGUCAAAGACCCCCAACACGACCCCCGGGGCAACAACCCAAAGAACCUGUGCGAGGCCUGCAUCGGCGAUAACGAAUAUAUCCUGGAAUACUCCAUUUUUUUUCCUGAGCAACGAAAUCCCCCACGCCACAGCCCUCUGAAAUCCUGUGGCCUCACCUCACAUCCAGGCAGGAACCAGGACUCGUGGGCUCUGGACGUGGAGGCCGAGGACCUGAAGCUCCUUUGCCCCGACGGCACCGAGGCCGACCUGGACGACUUCCGCCGCAACGUGUUUGCAAACGCUACGGACGGCUUCAGCAUGUUCAGCUCUUCCGGCUACUCCGACUCCGACGUGAUGUUCAGCGACUCCACCCGUUGCCUGCUGAGGGUCCUCGGGGGCUUCACCUCCUGGCUGGGCCCCUCCUAUACCAGCGCCUUGCAAGCGUUCGAGUGUGAAGGGUUCUGUUGAUAAAAAAGCGGCGGACAUCUGCCCUCCUCUUGUCUCGUCUGACAUCAAUUUACACCUUCAGCUUCCUUGUGUUAUUUUCAAAGUUGUCCCAAGACGCCUCCAAGGCCAAGACGAUGACAUUUGAUGAAUUAAAACAAAAUCUUUUUUUGUUU